AUGAGCUGGGAUUUCGAUGAGCUGGACAUGCUCGAGGUGAGCAGAUCCUCGGAAGACAUAUCAGGGACGAGGGACUGGCUUUCGGCAGUGGAGGAUGGUGGUGGGCGCGAUGAGCUUGAAAGGUCCCGCCGUCGUAUUCAGGCCGCGUCCCUUGAAGGGUGGCAGAAAGUGCUGGACUUGCACGAGGCCGAUCCCACAAGUGUGAGGAAGGCCUACCACAACUUGGCCCGCCUUCAUCACCCAGACAAAAGCAGAUCCCAUGCGGAUGCUGAAGUGUUUAAGAUGGUGCACAAGGCUUAUGUUGAUGGUUUGGCUGCGGUAGCAAAGGAAGCCUAUACUGAUAAGGAGCUGGUUCGAGCAGCGGUGGACGAAUGGGAGCACGAUUAUGAUGAAGGAAACGCAAACUCCGUGCCCGAUUGCAUUCCAGAGGUUGAAGCUGCUGAGUUGGCCAGCUGGCUGCAAGCGAAGAAGUGUGUGCUGCUGGACUGCCGAGAGGCAGUGGAGGCCAAGUACGAGCGAAGGGCAACUGCAACCCAGAUUCCAAAAUCACUUCGCAUUGGCUUCGGCGACUUGAGGGCUUUGCCUCACACUUUGCUGAAGGACUUGUCCCAGCUUAAAGACAACACAUGCGACAUUGUGACGUUCUCCACACAUGGUGGGACGAGUGGGAACUGUGGUAUGUGUGCCGCCCUGCUCAUUGACGUCUUUGGGUUGGAUGCAUCACGAGUGUGGCGACUGGAAGGGGGUCUGGACGCGUGGUUUGCCUGGGCCGCAGAGAACCCUUCAACCCUGAGAGAUUUGCAGUAG